AAGAAUGUAUGCGCCUCGUUGAAUGCCUAAGCAGCCUUCUUAUCACGAUUGCUUUCGCCGCCAUGUUUGCCCUCCCCAGUGUUACACUUUGUGCCUAUUUUUUCAUCAUCCUCUUAACAUCAUAUACUUCUCAUAAACUCUCAGUUCUCAGAGUAUCAGUUGAUUCUUUAACCAAUCUUGAUGUCACGCAAGCGCAACGUCAUUGUGGCCACAGGCUUAGUGGUUUUUGCAUCGGCCGGAUUGGCAUUUCCCUUCUACAUGGCGUAGGUCGAAGUCAUCCAAGGGUCCUGUGAUAGACUCAUCAAAGCCGCUGCCCCCUCAAGCAACUUUCCGCGGACCUUACAUCAAUACUGGCUCACGCGAUAUUGGACCCGAUUCUGAAAUCUAUCCUAAGAAAUAGUUUGCUUCUCUCAUGGUAGGAAAAUGUGGACUCUUGCUUCAACUAAACACGGGCAUUGUCGUGCUCCAUCGCCUCAUAGCCACCGCGCACAAGCUCCACGCGGCCACCGCUGCCACCAAGCUCGUGCUUAUUUGUUUAAGUUUGUACUAGAAAAUUUAUGAAUGUUAGAAUAGCAUAACCUUUUUAAUGUCUAUGACCACACUUGGUUAUAGUCACAUUAUCUUCUUUUUUUUCCAAUUAACUUAUAAUGUAAGAUUGAUUUUCACUAAAUAAAGUUUUGGUCUAUAGCUCCAAUUUUCUUAA